UAUAUCCAGGCAAUAAAGGGAGGAGUUAAGCCGAGCCCCUCCCCUUCUCCCUGGAACUUUUAUCAUUCCCAACGUGAUCAAGGCUAGAGUUUGAACGGCAGAGAGUAGCUGCUCGCCCCGAACUUUCCCAAUGGCUUCGGUGACCAGAACCGUGUUUGGAGAGCUGCCCUCGGGGGGAGGGACAGUGGAGAAGUUCCAGCUUCGGUCAGACCAGCUGAGUGUGGACAUCCUCUCCUGGGGCUGCACGAUCUCUGCUCUGCAGGUCAAAGACAGGCAGGGGGAGGCCUCGGACGUGGUGUUGGGCUUUGCCGAGUUGGAAGGCUACCUGCAGAAGCAGCCCUAUUUUGGAGCCGUGGUUGGGAGGGUAGCCAACCGAAUUGCCAAAGGAAGAUUCACGGUGGAUGGGAAAGAGUACCACCUGCCCAUUAACAAGGAGCCCAACAGUCUCCAUGGAGGAUUCAGGGGGUUUGAUAAGGUCCUCUGGACCCCUCAGGUGUUGUCCAACGGCGUCCAGUUCUCUCGAGUCAGUCCAGAUGGGGAGGAAGGCUACCCUGGAGAGUUGAAAGUCUGGGUGACGUAUACCCUGGAUGGUGGAGAGCUUGUAAUCAACUACAGAGCACAGGCCAGCCAGACCACGCCGGUUAAUCUCACCAACCAUUCUUAUUUCAACCUAGCGGGCCAGGGCUCCCCAAAUAUAUAUGACCAUGAAGUCACCAUUGCAGCAGAGGCAUAUUUGCCUGUGGAUGAAACUCUGAUUCCUACAGGAGUCAUUGCUCCAGUCGAAGGAACUGCAUUCGACCUGAGAAAGCCAGUGGAGCUUGGGAAACACCUGCAGGAUUAUCACAUCCCUGGUUUUGACCACAAUUUCUGUCUGAAGGGGUCGAAAGAAAAGAAUUUUUGUGCAAGGGUGCAUCAUGCCAGGAGCGGGAGGACCCUGGAAGUAUACACCACCCAGCCUGGCGUCCAGUUCUACACAGGCAACUUCCUGGAUGGCACUCUGAAGGGCAAGAGUGGAGCGGUCUAUCCCAAGCACUCUGGUUUCUGCCUCGAGACCCAGAACUGGCCUGAUGCAGUUAAUCAGCCCCGGUUCCCUCCUGUGUUGCUGCGGCCUGGGGAGGAGUACAACCACACCACCUGGCUCAAGUUCUCUGUUGCCUAAAGGAGACUCAGGAUGCCACCUGGUUCUGGGCCAGGCCAGCCUCCCAUCCUGAUGAAGAAGACGUAGAAGUUUUAAAAGUGAUCUUGCGUGUCAAGUCAUACAGCCGGUAGCUGCCAUAGUAAUCAGCUUGAAUACCGUUGUCCUUUCCCAAAAGCUGGCUUCAGGCCAUGUCUAAUGACCAGCUCUGUCCUCUGUCCAGUCAGGUGACAAAUUGCCUCUUCUACCAAUGCCAUCAUCUAAGGUCUGAUCCUAGUGGAGAAAUUGUCCUUCUUCUGUAGGCUCCUUCUCUCCAUCCUGGCUCCAUCUUGUCUGUGUUUGUUAUGCCUUCCUUUCUUUGAUGGAACUCUCUUUGUUUUCCUGUGUCUUUUACCACAGACUAUCCUCCAGAAGUCAGUGUAACCAUUCUAACCAGAACUUGAGUUCACGCUGUGAGAAUUCAAAUUCUCCUCUGGGCCUCUACCUCAGUCUGCCUAAACAUUCCUAGGGUCGCUGAGGGACAAGCAGUGUUUUGGACCCUGUUCCAUCAGAGCCUUUCUUCUCAGACUUACUGUAGGAGCGGCAGAGGUGGCUCAGCAGUGAGGAGCACACGCUGCUCUUCCCAGGACCGCAAUUUAGCUCCCGGCACCCACGUCAGGUUCACAGCUGCCUAUAACUCUAGCUCUGUGGGAUGGAGUGCCCUCUUCUGGCCUCCGUGAGUGCACACACACAUGUGCACACACCCACAGACACACAAUUAAAAAUAGAUCUUAAAAAUUACAAAAAUCACUUUAGAAGCAUUAGAGUGAGCUGAACUAUCUCUUUAGUUUUAGAGAUGGGUGUGACUUAAAUUGUCAGAUCCAAAUAUUCAGAAUAAUUUAGGUUUUCCUGCCUUUGAGCUUGACUAGAAGCCUGGCUAGGUAUAGGAAGACGUGUGGGCAUAGAGGGCAGGAGCUGAAUGAGCACGUCUCACACACAAUGCCUGGAGCACUAAACUUUGAGCUAGAAGUAGAUACUACGCUGAGGCAGAAGAGCAGUGUCUCUUCUUUUCCGAAAUGAUUGCAUUGUCAGUGACAGGCUCUGACUGCUGAUUUUGGGGUGCGGGGGAGAGAUGUUAUUAUCUGCUGCAAUCAGUUGAAAUGAAAGCAAAAUUUUCAUCUUCA